AUGUCUGAAACAAGUACAACGACUUCAAUUCCUGAAACAAGUGCUACUUCAUUUACCACAACUUCAGUUCCUGAGACGAGUAGUAUUUCAGUUCAUGAAACAAGACCUAAUGCCUAUAACACACCUUCACUUCUUGAAACAAGUACUACUUCAGGUACAACUUUAUCUCAAAUAAUGACAACUUCAUUUCCCAUAUCACUUCCUAAAACAACUGCUUCAGGCACUACAACUCCACUUCCUGAAACAUCUGCUUCUGGUACCACGACUCCACUUCCUGAAACAACUACUGCUUCAGUUACAACAACUCCAAUUCCUAAAACAACUACUGCUUCUGAAACUAUAACUCCACUUUCUAAAACAACCACUGCUUCUGGUACUACAACUCAACUUCCUGAAACAACUACUGCUUCAAGAACUACAACUCCACUACCUGAAACAACUGCUUCAGUUACAACUCCACUUCUUGAAACAACUACUGCUUCUGGAAUUACAACUACACUUCCGGAAAAAACAACUGCUUCAGGAACUACAACCCCACUUCCUGAAACAACUACUGGACUACAACUCCAUACUGCUUCUGGAACUACAACUGAACUUCCUGAAACAACUACUGCUUCAGUUACUACUAAACUUCCUGAAACAACUACUGCUUCAGGGACUACAACUCCAGUUCGAACUACAACUUCACUUCCUAAAACAACUACUGCUUCGGUUUCAACUCAACUUCCUGAAACAACUACUGUUUCAGUAACAACAACUCUACUUCCUGAAACAACUACUGCAUCUGGUACUACAACUCCACUUUCUGAAACAACAACUGCUUCAGGAACUACAACUUCACUUCCUGAUAUAACUACUGCUUUAGUUACAACUCCACUUCCUGAAACAACUACUGUUUCAGUUACAACAACUCUACUUCCUGAAACAACUACUGCAUCUGGUACUACAACUCCACUUUCGGAAACAACUACUGCAUCUGUUAUUACAACUUCACUUCCUGAAACAACUACUGCUUCAGUUAGUACAACUCAACUUCCUGAAACAACUACUGCUUCAGGUACUACGACUCAGCUUCCUGAAGCAACUACUGCUUCAGGGACUACAACUUCACUUCCUGAAACAACUACUGCUUCAGUUACAACUCUACUUCCUGAAACAACUACUACUUCUGGAACUACAACUUCAGUUCUUGAAAAAACUACUGCUCAGUUACAACAACUCCACUUCCUGAAACAAGUACUGCUUCUGGAACUACGACUCAACUUCCUGAAACAACUACUGAUUCAGGAAAAACAACUCCACUUCCUGAAACAAGGACUACAACUUCACUUCCUGAAACAACUACUGCUUCAGUUACAACUCUACUUCCUGAAACAACUACUACUUCUGGAACUACAACUUCAGUUCUUGAAAAAACUACUGCCUCAGUUACAACAACUUCCUGAAACAACUACUGCUUCUGGAACUACGACUCAACUUCCUGAAACAACUACUGAUUCAGGAAAAACAACUCCACUUCCUGAAACAAGUACUGCUUCAGUUACAACAACUCAAAUUCCUGAAACAACUACUGCUUCAGGAACGACAACUCACUUCCUGAAACAACUACUGCUUCUGGAACUACAACUUCACUUCCUGAAACAACUUCCUGAAACAACUACUGCUUCAGACUACAAUUCCAAAAAUGCUUUGGAACUACAACUCCACUUCCUGAAACAACUACUGCUUUGGAACUUCAACUCACUUCCUAAAACAACUACUGCUCCAACACUGAAACAAAAACUACCUGAAACAACUACUGCUUCAGGCUCCUACUGCACUGAGGCCCCAACAACCACUGAGGCUCCAACAACCACUGAGGCCCCUACUACCACUGAAGCCCCAACAACCACUGAAGCUGCCACAACUACUGCAGCUCCUACUACCACUGAGGCCCCAACAACCACUGAAACAGCCACAACAACUGUAGCUCCUACUACCACUGAGGCCCCAACAACCACUGAAACUGCCACAACCACUGUACCUCCUACAACCACUGAGGCCCCAACAACCAAUGAUGCAUCUACUACCACUGAUGCCCCAACAACCACUGAUGCUCCUACUACCACUGAUGCCCCAACAACCAAUGCUCUACACCACUGA